AUGCCGGGAAAAGAAUGUAUAAUUUUCAAUAAUAGUUCCAAUAUUGUUAAUCUACCGGAAACAAGAUCAGAUUGUAAUAUUCUGAAUAUUGUUAUUCACAGUUUAAGUAUUAGUAAUCUGAUCAGCAAUAUUUUACCCUCAAAAGUAAAUGUUAGUGAUCCAUUGCAAGGAGUAGCCAUAGUUCCAGGAACUAAAUGGUGCGGACGGGGAGAUAGAGCAAAAAAUGACUCGGAUCUGGGUAUAUUCAAAAAAACCGACUCCUGCUGUCGACAGCACGAUAAAUGUCCGGUAGUGAUUAAUCCUGGAGAAACUAAAUAUAACUUAACCAACGAUGGUGUUAGUGCCCGAGUGUCUUGCGAAUGUGACCAGCAACUUCGCCAAUGUCUUAAAACUGUAAACGAAGAAGAAUGUGGUUUUCCUUCUGUCGUCGGAGUGCUUUUCUUCGAUGUACUCCGAAUAAAGUGCAUAAAUUGCACCCAAACAGACAACACUUCUUCCAAUAGUGAACAACCGACGGCAUCAAAUGCUACUAAAUGCCAUUAUCAAGAUUCGGGAUCUUACCCGUAAAAACAAUGUACGAAGUUUCUAUUGAAAUUUAUUAUUCCUUUAGCAUUACUUUUAAUAAAUAUUG